AUGUCUCUUUCUCUUUUAACUCCUCGUCUUGUGUCUAAGGGUACUCUUGCCCGCAUCAUGGUCAUCAGAAACGCUUCUGGAUCUGUUCUCAAGCACGACCAAUCAUUGAAGUUGAAUGAGACUGGACACUUCGUCUACCAGCGUGAUGUGUCGCGUGACAAGCGUUACUCGAACCCAGCCAAGCUAGGAGACACCCCGGCUAGAUUUUUGUUCCGUCGCCUUGGACACGCUUACGAGAUCUACCCACUCUAUGCUCUUACCGGAAUCUGGUUCUGCCUCUUCUGCUAUGUUGUCUACUACUCGUUCGAAAAGAACGAAGUCUGGCUCGACAGAAGCCAGAGCGCUGCUCCAUGGGAUUGGGAGAGAAUCCGCAACAACUAUUGGAAGAAGCCAACUUUGGUGUUCGAUCCACAAGGAGUCACCCACAAAAGACUUGAAAUCAUGGAAACGAUUCAGGACGAAAUGGUUGCCGCCGCCAAGCAACGAGGAACCCGAUAA